CAGCGUAUCAACUAUGAUAAGCUGCCGGAAAUUAAUCAUGUCUUCCGUCAACCUGAAAAGAGACCAUCUACUGUUGUUUCCGAUGCCUUCACACUGAUUUGCUUGGCUCCGUUGUUGCUUCUGCCUGUAUUGUGGUUACGUAUUGGACUGAAUUUCGGUAAUAUGCCGCUCAACGUAUGGACAGUGACCUUCCAUGGAAGUCUAGCAGCACUGUUCGCCUUGUAUUUCGUGUUCUGGCUCCAGCUGAACAUGUUUGAGACGCUGAAGUAUCUAGCCGUGGUCGGUGGAUUAACCUAUAUCGCUGGUAAUCGCGUCUUGAGGGCAAUCGCAAGGAAGAGGAAGUCAAUCUUGGAAUAG